AUGGCGGGACUCACUAACGAUGCCGACUACAAUGCCGGCGAGACGUCUGGGAAUGUAUCACCUCCGCGGUCCUACUCUGGAAAUGAUGAUGCAUACAAUGGACUGGGGACUAGGUGCGUUCCUCUAAGUCUUCCUACCAAUAUGACCAAGUUUCGAAAACAAGGUAAAACAACUUCUAUACAACAAAAGGAGACUGCGACCACACAAAAGACCACACCAUCUUAG